AAGAGGUUCCCAUAAGGGCCAAAGAGAGCUCGAAGGGGGCCCCAACAUGGGCCCAAGAGAGUCCGUAACCAUUUUUGCUCGGGCAAUCUUCCCCGAGACCGAUGUGCUCAAUCUUGCGCAGUGGUUUCAUUUACUUGUGCCCAGACGUCAGCAUCCCCUGCUUCGCUAUUAUCGCAGCUUCUGACUCCGCUAAAGAUCCCUCGACAUGGGGUCCUCGACGCGCGAGCGGUCUGCAUGCGCUACGCGGACACGAGCUGCUGCUUUCGCGGCAUCAUAUGUGGUUGUGUUUCUUGUUGGUUUAGUGCAAAAUCACCCCCCUAACAUAAUACAUGUCGCAUACUCCGAGUACUUCGGAGCGCAAAUGCCGCAAGAAGGAUCGUUGUGGGCAUCGCUGUCUUCUCCUUUUCCCAAGCCGCGUGGCCCCAAGGUGGCACACAGGAGCGCCACGUUUGAGGUAGAGGCCCUGGGGGAGUGGCGGACGUCCACGUUGAAUUCGUUCGGGGCAGGAUCAGGGGCAAAUUUAUGUGUUAGCAGCAAUGAAUCAUUAAAGGCUGACUGCUUAUCCAAGAACGCAGCCGUAUCUGCGAAACUUCGCGAAUCAGGGCCAUUGACAAGGACAGCCUCUGGCUACAAUUUUGGUGAUGUUGUGAUGAUACUGGACAACAGAAUUGUGUCUGUGAGUACGGUGUCCAUGGGCUACGAGAGAUUGUACCAGUCGGCCAGAUUGCGCUCUUGUCAGGUCUUCUUUGGGGUUUCCAACCAGCAGGACCCUGCCGAUGCAUUUGUGAUCAUGGACAUGCUCGGGAGGGUUCAGCCCGAUCUCGUUAUAGAGUUGGGCACAGCAGGUGGCGGCAGUGCGUUCUUCUAUGCUCGUAUCAUGCGCGAGUAUAACCCCAGCGCCAGGAUUCUCAUUCGAGAGACCCAGCAAGCGGACCUGGAGCAGUGCCGCUGAAACAAUGGAACGAUCAGGAGGUCGAUAUUCAUUGCCCACAUUGCAUGCACUCUACUGAAACAAGCGUUUGGGGCCCCAAUGGAUCCAUACGUUUUUUCCAUGGUUUUCCAGAUUCACCUGAGGCCAUCGCCAUUGCCACGGAGGCCGCGUCGCGCGCCAAUACUGUUAUGGUUAUUGAGGAUUCGGAUCACAUCUACGAUCACGUGAAGGCAAACCUUGAUGCCUACCAUCAUUUCGUGACGCCAGGGAGCUACUUCCUCGUGCAAGACACGCGCCUGGGAGGGCCGCACCAAGCACUGCGUAAUUUCCUUGAAAGCGCCAGCGGAGCUUGUUAUGACAUCGACAAGCGCUGGGAAUAUUUCAUAUAUUCGCAGCAUUUCGAUGGAUUUCUGAGGCGGAGGAACAACUGCACAACGUAAUCAGCAUUGAUAUUUGUGCGCCGAGCGUGGCAGGAAUGAGCCCGACCCUUCCCUGAGCAUCCGGAGCCCGUAGAAAACUAAGUUUUGGUCUUCGCCCUUAGUUUGUCUCUUAGUUUCGCCCGUAGAUCGGCCCUUAUAUUGGCUCCUAGAUUGGCCUUUAGUUUGAACCUUUGUUUUGUGAAUGUGCGUUCCUUCUCAAACACCUACAGCCACUCUUAUGUAUCACGCUACUCUUGUGUCUAUAUACAUGUUGUGCGUUUGACAGUCGAUUUAUCCGUAAGGGUUUCGCCCCACGCCGCCGGCCCCCUGUCUCGGAUAAUGGGA